AUGAUAGCAACAUCAGCUGGGCGCCUUGAAGGCAGCAACAAGCAACAGCAACAUCUUUGGGAGCUCUCAACUCUGGGAUGGUAUGGGAAUUGGACAGCUGAUGAGAAAGUGAUUGCAAGCAUCCUCUGUAUUAUCAUGGGCAUAGGACAGGACAUUCCCGCCCAUUCCUCGGGCCCCGCGUUGGGCUCGGGCUCCCCAGCUCCUUCGCCCGAGCUUCCAGCUUACAAGCUUCAGGACUUCGAUACGCUGGCUACCGUGGGCACAGGUACCUUUGGGCGAGUUCACCUAGUCAAAGAAAGAACAGCCAAGCAUUAUUUUGCAUUGAAGGUAAUGAGCAUUCCAGAUGUCAUUCGGCUAAAGCAAGAGCAGCAUGUACACAAUGAAAAGUCAGUUCUGAAAGAAGUCAGCCAUCCAUUUCUGAUCAGAUUAUACUGGACCUAUCAUGAUGAAAGAUUUUUAUACGUGUUAAUGGAAUAUGUUCCUGGAGGAGAACUUUUCAGCUACUUGAGAAACAUGGGACGGUUCAAUAACAGCACAGGACUAUUUUAUUCUGCAGAGAUUAUCUGUGCAAUAGAAUAUCUGCACUCCAAAGAAAUAGUUUGCAGAGAUCUAAAACCUGAAAAUAUAUUGUUAGAUAAAGAAGGCCAUAUCAAGCUCACAGAUUUUGGAUUUGCUAAAAAGCUAGUAGACAGGACAUGGACACUCUGUGGGACACCAGAAUACCUUGCUCCUGAAGUUAUACAAAGUAAAGGUCAUGGAAGAGCAGUAGAUUGGUGGGCUCUUGGGAUUCUGAUCUUUGAGAUGCUCUCUGGGUUUCCUCCAUUUUUUGAUGACAACCCAUUUGGCAUCUAUCAAAAAAUUCUUGCAGGCAAAAUAGAUUUCCCUAGGCAUUUGGAUCUCUAUGUAAAAGACCUUAUUAAGAAACUUCUUGUUGUAGACAGGACAAGACGACAAGGGAACAUGAAGAAUGGAGCAGAUGAUGUGAAAAGACACCGGUGGUUCAGGUCUGUGGACUGGGACGCUGUACCACAGAGAAAACUGAAGCCUCCUAUAGUGCCGAAGGUAUCCAAUGACGGUGAUACAUCUAAUUUUGAAGCUUAUCCUGAAGAUGACUGGAACAAGACGCCACCUGUGCCUCUGAAAGACUUAGAAAUCUUUAAGAAUUUCUGA